GUUAUGAAUCGAGGAUUUAAUUAGGGCAUGAAAUAAAUAAGUGUAGUCUUUUCGAGGUUUAGGUCAAAUUGAAAUUGGGGAUUGGGUUUCGGUUUCGGAUACCGGACCCAAAAUAACCCGAACCCAGUAUAUUUGUAAAGUUAACGUCUUUUUUAACAACACAAGCAGUAGUAGCUAGUAGUCGUCUUCUUCCUUCUUCAUCUUGUUUGUUCGUCAUCGUUCUUGGAGCUUUGGUCUCCAUUCUCCAUUCUUCUUCCUUUUUUCUGUUUUCUAAUAAUUAAAACAAAAUGGGUAACUGUUUAUUAAAAUUGAAAGCUUUGAAUUGGAGGGAUGUUGUUCUUCCGGUUUGUUCCAUGCUGGGGAUACAGGUUGGGUCUUCAUUGAUGAGUUAUCUAACAAGAUUUUCACUUGAUUCUGGAACUCAACUCAUGGCAUGAACCCAUAGGUGUUACUAAGACUCAUCUUAUUUUCUGUUCUUGGGGUUACAUUGAAUAACUCGCUCUUCAGUCUAGGGGUCAAAACUCGAGUCCUACCAUCGCCAACGCCGUAAAUAAUGUGUUUCCUGCAUUGACAUUCGUCGCCGCGGUAUUAUUCAGGUUUGAAGAAGUACAUUUGAGGUCAAAUGCUGGGUGGGCUCAGAUUCUUGGAACGUUCCUUACGGUUGGUGGGGCCAUGACUGUCACCUUCUACACAGGGUUUCAACUGAAUGUAGAAAAUCCUGCAUAUGAUUUUAGCUACUUAAAUGGAUCAAGCACCCGCAGCGCAUCUGUUCUGGGUCCAUUAUUUAUAGCAUUAAGUUGCAUAUUACAGAAAGGACUUAGUGAUGACUUUCCGUAUCCUAUCACUAGCACUGCUGCAACUUCAAUGUUUUCCACUCUACAAUGUGCUAUUAUCGGGGUUAUUAUGGAUCAUGGCAGUGGUUGGUCAUUGCAGUCAAAGUUGAGACUGAUAUCUGUCAUUUAUAGUGGAGUCUUUGGUUCCGCGAUUGCAUGCCUUGUUACUGCCUUUUUCAUUGCGAAGAAAGGUCCUGUCUUUGUUUCAAUGUUCAACCCGCUAAGUUUGAUACUUGUGGCAGUCCUUGGCUGGGCCUUCUUGAAGGAAAAGUUAUAUAUUGGAAGCUUAUUGGGUUCAUCAUUAAUCCUUAUGGGAUUCUUCGGGUUCCUAUGGGGUAACUGGAAGGAGGCUAGGGCGAAGACUCAUAUGAGGAGUAUAUCAACAGGAGAUAUAUAGGCAGGCUUGGCAGAAGGCGAGAGUAGCAACCAUGAAGUGAAGGAAGUAAUAUAAACUAGGCCAGGAACAAAUCGAUAUUAAUCAUGAUGUGAAGGAAGAAGUACUAUUCUGGUCAUUUUAGAACUUUAUCUCAUAUUUAUUUUUGUCUAUAUUCUUAAUCCAUCAUCAAAUGAAAGAAUGACGAGACACUGUUAAUAAUAAAUUAUGUGCAGUUAUGAGUAAAGAAAAGACUAGAAAUUAUAUGCUAUGUCUCGGGCCUUUUUAACAGCUCUUUUAUAAUUUUCUGGCACCAUGAAAGUCCAGUGAAUCUA